CAAAGCCUAGACACAUUUUAGGUGGUCGUGACAUAAUAAACAGAUUAUUAAAAUGUUGAUUAUUGCCGUUCUGAGCUGAGACACACAUCUGUUUUGAUGCGAUAUGUGAUGUAGCAUGUCAACUAACCACGCACGGCUAAAUAAAUUACUACACACAUCAAAAUUAAUCAUCACACACGGACCAAACUGGAGAGAGCGUUACACAGAGAGAAACGAGUCUCGUCAAUCAGACACAAACCACGGCAGUGUCUUAGAGUGAGGCCUAGGCUCCAGCAGGCCUCGGUGAGCACCGGCAUGAUGGAGGGGGGUAUGCAGCUGCUGAACCGGGAUGGCCACAGCAUCUCGCACAACUCCAAGCGCCACUACCAUGACUCCUUCAUAUCCAUGAACCGCAUGCGGCAGCGUGGCCUGCUCUGCGACAUUGUGCUCCAUGUGGCCAACAAGGAGAUUAAGGGACACAAGGUGGUGCUGGCCUCCUGCAGUCCAUACUUCCAUGCCAUGUUUACAAAUGAGAUGUCAGAGAGCCGUCAGACCCAUGUGACCCUGCAUGACAUUGACCCUCAGGCUCUGGAGCAGCUGGUCCAGUACGCCUACACUGCCGAAAUUGUAGUAGGAGAAGGAAAUGUGCAGACCCUGUUACCAGCAGCUAGUCUCCUGCAGCUCAACGGAGUGAGAGAUGCCUGCUGCAAAUUCCUUCUCAGCCAGCUGGACCCCUCAAACUGCCUGGGCAUCCGUGGCUUUGCAGACACUCACUCCUGCAGCGACCUUCUCAAGUCAGCCCAUAAGUAUGUCCUGCAACACUUUGUAGAGGUAUCGAAGACUGAGGAGUUCAUGCUACUACCACUCAAACAGGUGCUGGAUCUGAUCUCUAGUGAUAACUUGAAUGUCCCAUCAGAGGAGGAGGUGUACAGGGCUGUGCUGAGCUGGGUUAAGCAUGACAUUGAUGGACGGAGACAGAACGUGCCCCGGCUGAUGAAGUGUGUGCGUCUGCCCCUGCUGACACGAGACUUCCUGAUGAGUAAUGUGGAUACGGAGCUGCUGGUGCGUCACCACUCCGAGUGCAAAGACCUGCUGAUCGAGGCACUGAAGUAUCACUUGAUGCCCGAGCAGAGGGGUGUUCUCAGUAACAGCCGCACCCGACCGCGCCGCUGCGAGGGAGCCAGUCCGGUGCUCUUUGCUGUCGGUGGAGGCAGUCUUUUUGCCAUUCAUGGAGACUGUGAGGCCUAUGACACAAGGACAGACCGCUGGCACAUGGUUGCAUCCAUGUCAACACGGCGGGCACGAGUCGGAGUGGCUGCUAUUGGAAACAAGCUCUAUGCUGUGGGAGGGUAUGACGGCACAUCUGAUUUGUCUACUGUAGAGUCGUAUGACCCAGUAACUAAUGCGUGGCAACCUGAGGUGUCUAUGGGAACUAGGAGGAGCUGUUUAGGUGUGGCGGUCCUGCAUGGGCUGCUGUAUGCAGCAGGAGGAUACGAUGGUGCUUCUUGUCUCAACAGUGCAGAGAGGUAUGACCCUCUGACCAGUACCUGGACCUCCAUCGCUGCCAUGAGCACCAGAAGGAGAUACGUUAGAGUGGCCACAUUAGAUGGCAGUUUGUACGCAGUCGGUGGGUAUGACAGCUCCUCACACUUAGCCACAGUAGAGAAGUACGACCCUCAGAGUAAUGCCUGGACUGCCAUUGCCAACAUGUUGAGCAGGAGGAGCAGCGCAGGAGUGGCUGUAUUGGAGGGCAUGCUUUAUGUCGCGGGGGGCAAUGAUGGUACCAGCUGCCUAAAUUCAGUGGAACGAUAUAAUCCGAAAACCAACACCUGGGAGGGAGUGGCCCCCAUGAACGUCCGCAGGAGCACCCAUGACCUGGUCGCCAUGGAUGGCUGGCUAUAUGCGGUUGGAGGCAAUGAUGGCAGCUCUAGUCUCAACUCCAUAGAAAAGUACAACCCACGUAGCAAUAAAUGGGUGGCGGCGUCGUGCAUGUUCACGCGUCGUAGCAGCGUGGGAGUCGCUGUCCUAGAGCUCCUCAACUUUCCUCCUCCAUCCUCUCCUACUCUUUCCGUCUCCUCCACCAGUCUUUGACAAAGGGUAAAGACCCAGCUUAGCUCCAGCAGCCAGCCCUGUGUAGCCAAGAGGCGCAACUGCUCAGUUUGAGCAUCAGACGAGAAGUGUUUCGUGGGGCACAGUGCCCUCCCUCUGCCUGGAGGAACACUGCAGCAUUUUGCAAAUAAUGUGGGUAAAAAGGACGAAAAGAAGAAACACACAUUCACACACACACUCCAGGCCUCCACAACUCUCAUCCUAUAAACCCCAGUGCUUGAAAAUGCUAAAUAAUGUUGCUCUGCCAUUUUGCAGUCACUUUGUGUAUGAUGUAUAUCUAAAUGUAUAUUUAAUUUGUUUACGAUUCUUUUUUUGAAAUAUUAAAGUAUAAUAUAUUAAACCGAAAAU